AUGACUAUCGAGACCUCCAAACACCUGCUAAUAGCCCACAGAAUCUUGAGUAAAGACCCCAACUUCGUCAAGAAUACCAAGGGCAAGUACUUGAUUCUUCCUGAUCGCAAGGUCUUAGAUGCCUGUGGAGGUGCUGCUGUUGUAUCUGUAGGACACUGCAAUCCUGACGUUAACGAAGCCAUCAAAAACCAGUUGGAUACCGUGUCGUAUGUCCACUCGUUGGAAUUCACUACUGAAGCUACCGAGAAACUCGGAAGAGCAUUGGUAGAAGACUAUAAAGACAAGUUUGGUCGUGUGUAUGUGGUUACUUCAGGUUCUGAAGCCACUAAUGCUGCUUUAAAGCUCGCUAUUCAGUACCACCAGGAAAGAGGGAUCACCACCAAAACCGAAGUUAUUUCUAGAAACCAGUCCUACCACGGAAACUGUAUUGGAGGGUUGUCCUUAAGUGGAUAUCCUGCUAGAAAAAGGUUCUUUGAGAACAUAUUGAGUCCUCACAUGCACAAAGUUAGCCCAGCUUACGAGUACAGAUACAAGUUAGAAAGCGAAUCUACAGAAAAGUAUGUCGACAGAUUGGCUAAAGAGUUGGAGGAUAAAAUUCUUGAGUUGGGACCAGAAAACGUCGCAGCUUUCUUUGCCGAAACCAUAGUGGGAGCCACCACGGGAGCUGUUCCAGCACCUCCGGGAUAUUUCAAGGAAAUAAGAAAGGUUUGUGACAAGUACGAUGUGUUGUUAGUGUUGGACGAGAUCAUGUGUGGAUCAGGAAGAACUGGAAAGUUUUUUGCCUGGGAACACGAAGGCAUUGUUCCUGAUGUGGUUACAUGUGGAAAGUCCAUGUCAAGUGGGUACUCUCCGUUAUCUGCUUGUUUCUUCAGUAAUAAGAUUGUGGAGGCACUUGAAAACGGAUCUGACCUGUUCAGUAAUGGUCACACCUACCAAGCAUUUCCAUUAGCCUGUAGUGCUGGGGUGGCUGUUUUAAACUAUAUCAAGGACAACAACUUGCUUGAGAAUGUCACUCUUCAGGGUGAAUAUUUGGGUAGAAGACUCAAGGAAAUUGUAGGAGAUAGUAAAAUUGUUGGUGACAUCAGAGGUAGAGGGUUAUUCUGGGGACUUGAACUUGUAAAGAACAAGCAAACCAAAGAACCCUUUGAAAAGGCUUUGAAUGUCGGAUACCAACUUAAAACGUUGGCAUUUGAGAAUGGAAUUGCUAUAUAUCCAGGAUCGGGAACCAUUGACGGAUAUGUGGGUGACCACGUACUCCUUGCACCUAUGUAUAUUUCAACUUCCAACGAUAUCGACAUUAUUGUGGAGACGCUUGCUAAAUCUAUAGGCCAACUUGAAAAUGAGUUGGGUAUUUAG